CCGCGGACCCUCUCUCCCGCCUCAACGCCGGCCGCUCGCCGCCUCGCCGCCGCUCUCGGGCUCCGGCCGGGUCUCGCGCGCAGUCUUCUCGUGAGGGGCCUCGCGCCGCCCGGCGCACGCCGCCCCCCUGCCUCGGGGCGCGGGGUCUCGCGGGCCCCGCUCCCGCCCUCCGCUCGCCUGGCCCGGACCGGAAGCGGCGCCGCACGGCCUGGGCCUGGCGCGGGGGGCGGGCACCGGGGCCCGGUCCGACAUGGGCAAGAAGCACAAGAAGCACAAGUCGGACAAACACCUCUACGAGGAGUAUGUAGAGAAGCCCUUGAAGCUGGUCCUCAAAGUGGGAGGGAACGAAGUCACCGAGCUCUCCACGGGCAGCUCGGGGCACGACUCAAGCCUCUUCGAGGACAAAAACGAUCAUGACAAACACAAGGACAGAAAGCGGAAAAAGAGGAAGAAAGGAGAGAAGCAGGUUCCAGGAGAAGAAAAGGGGAGAAAACGGAGACGAGUAAAGGAGGAUAAAAAGAAGCGAGAUCGGGACCGUGUGGAGAAUGAGACAGAGAAAGAUCUCCAGUGCCAGGCCCCUGUAAGAUUAGACUUGCCUCCUGAGAAGCCUCUCACAAGCUCUUUAGCCAAACAAGAAGAAGUAGAACAGACACCCCUUCAAGAAGCUUUGAAUCAACUGAUGAGACAAUUACAGAGAAAAGACCCAAGUGCUUUCUUUUCAUUUCCUGUGACUGAUUUUAUUGCUCCCGGCUACUCCAUGAUCAUUAAGCAUCCAAUGGAUUUUAGCACCAUGAAAGAAAAGAUUAAGAACAAUGAUUACCAGUCCAUAGAAGAACUGAAGGAUAACUUCAAACUAAUGUGUACUAAUGCUAUGAUUUACAACAAACCCGAGACCAUUUAUUAUAAAGCUGCAAAGAAGUUAUUGCACUCAGGGAUGAAAAUUCUCAGCCAGGAGAGAAUUCAGAGCCUGAAGCAAAGCAUAGAAUUCAUGGCAGACUUGCAAAAAAGUCGAAAGCAGAAGGAUAGAACCGACCAGUCUCAGAGUGGGGAGGACAGCGGCUCCUGGCUGAGAGAAAGGGAAGACUCCGGAGACCCUGAAACCCGAGCCUUCAAGGGUCCCAGCAAGGAAAACAAAAAGAAAGACAAAGAUAUGCUUGAAGAUAAAUCUAAGAGCAGUAACUUAGAAAGAGAGCAGGAGCAGAUUGACCGCAUUGUUAAGGAAUCUGGAGGAAAGCUAACCAGGCGGCUUGUUAACAGUCAGUGUGAAUUUGAAAGGAGAAAACCAGAUGGAACGACAACAUUGGGGCUUCUGCAUCCCGUGGAUCCCAUUGUAGGAGAACCAGGCUACUGCCCUGUGAGACUGGGAAUGACAACCGGAAGGCUUCAGUCUGGAGUGAAUACUUUGCAGGGGUUCAAGGAGGACAAAAGGAACAAAGUCACUCCGGUGUUAUACUUGAAUUAUGGACCCUACAGUUCUUAUGCUCCACAUUACGACUCCACGUUUGCAAAUAUCAGCAAGGACGACUCUGAUCUAAUCUAUUCAACCUAUGGGGAAGAGUCUGAUCUUCCAAGUGAUUUCAGCAUCCAUGAGUUUUUGGCCACAUGCCAGGAUUAUCCAUACGUGAUGGCAGAUAGUUUACUGGAUGUUUUAACAAAAGGAGGCCAUUCUAGAACCCUUCAAGAGUCGGAGACGGUAAGAAGGCUGCUAAAGAACCGGCCAUCACCUGAAGAUGAAGGUCAGACCAGGACCCUUGACACAGCAAAAGAAAUGGAGAUUACAGAAAUAGAGCCAGAGGGGCGUUUAGACUCCAGUAAUCAGGACAGGCUCACAGCGCUGAAAGCAGUAACAAAUUUUGGUGCUCCUGUUGAAGUGUUUGACUCUGAAGAAGCUGAAAUGUUCCAGAAGAAACUUGAUGAGACCACCAGAUUGCUCCGAGAGCUCCAGGAAGCCCAGAACGAGCGUCUGAGCACCAGACCCCCUCCCAACAUGAUCUGUCUCUUGGGCCCCUCUUACAGGGAAAUGCAUCUCGCUGAACAAGUGACCAGUAAUCUGAAAGAACUCGCACAGCAAGUCGCUCCAGGUGAUAUCGUGAGCACGUAUGGGGUUCGGAAGGCCAUGGGGAUUUCCAUCCCCUCCCCCAUCGUGGAAAACAACUUCGUAGACUUAACGGAAGAUUUUGAAGAACCUAAAAAGACUGAUGUUGCCGAGUGUGGACUGGAUGGGGUUUGAAGCUGACUGGUACUUCAUUAUAUAUUAUGUACAUAGUUUUUUCAUUCUUCACUUGGAAAUCCUUUUCAGAAGAUAGUAAAUAUUUGUAAAUUGUGUUUUUAAUUAAACUUUGGAACAAUUAAUGUUCCAGAGAUUGGACUUCUAUUAGGUAAUAAAGCUGAGCCGGGACUGCGA